AUGGCCACUUCAUGGACAAGGCUGUCCACUAUUCAAAAAAUAGCCCUGGGCCUUGGAGUCCCAGCAAGUGCGGCAAUUGCCUACAUCCUAUACCGCCGAUACAGGGAAAGCAGAGAAGAACGACUGACAUUUGUUGGAGAAGAUGAUAUUGAGAUAGAGAUGCGAGUUCCCCAGGAGGCUGUGAAGCUCAUCAUUGGUCGACAAGGAGCCAAUAUUAAACAGCUGCGGAAACAGACAGGCGCUCGGAUUGACGUGGACACGGAGGAUGUAGGUGAUGAGCGAGUGCUGCUUAUCAGUGGUUUUCCUGUUCAGGUGUGCAAGGCCAAGGCAGCAAUCCAUCAGAUCCUGACAGAAAACACCCCGGUGUUUGAGCAACUCUCAGUCCCCCAGCGAUCUGUGGGCAGAAUCAUAGGGAGAGGUGGUGAGACCAUUCGUUCUAUCUGUAAGGCUUCUGGAGCCAAAAUUACAUGCGAUAAAGAAUCAGAGGGAACGUUACUACUGUCAAGGCUUAUAAAAAUCUCGGGAACACAAAAGGAAGUGGCUGCAGCUAAGCAUCUAAUACUGGAGAAAGUGUCAGAAGAUGAAGAACUUCGAAAAAGAAUUGCCCAUUCUGCAGAAACCAGAGUUCCACGAAAGCAGCCAAUCAGUGUGAGAAGAGAAGAAGUGAUGGAGCCAGGUGGAGCUGGUGAAGCAGCUUUAUGGAAGAAUACCGGUUCUAGCAUGGGGCCAGCUGUACCCCUGGAGGUUCCUCUCCGCAAAGGUGGUGGUGAUAUGGUUGCUGCAGGACCAAAAGAAGGUUCCUGGGAGAAACCUAAUGAUGACAGCCUAAAGAAUUCUGGUGCCCAAAACAGUCCAGAGACGUCCGUGUUUGAAGUUCCCAGUCCUGACUUCAGUUUCCAUGCGGACGAGUACCUAGAAGUCUACGUUUCUGCUUCCGAACACCCUAACCACUUCUGGAUCCAAAUCAUUGGCUCCCGCAGCCUCCAAUUGGAUAAACUUAUCAUUGAGAUGACCCAGCACUAUGAAAAUAGUCUGCCUGAAGACUUGACUGUGCACGUAGGAGACAUUGUAGCAGCACCUUUAUCUACAAAUGGUUCCUGGUAUCGAGCCCAGAUUCUUGGUACCCUGGAAAAUGGGAACUUGGACCUCUAUUUUGUUGACUUUGGAGAUAAUGGAGAUUGCCCACUGAAAGAUCUCAGGGCUCUCAGGAGUGACUUCCUGAGCCUUCCCUUUCAAGCAAUAGAAUGUAGUCUGGCACGAAUCGCCCCCUCAGGUGAACAGUGGGAAGAGGAAGCUCUAGAUGAGUUUGACAGACUCACUCACUGUGCUGACUGGAAGCCAUUGGUGGCCAAGAUCUCUAGCUAUGUCCAGACUGGAAUCUCAACUUGGCCAAAAAUCUAUUUAUAUGAUACCAGUAAUGGGAAGAAACUUGAUAUUGGGCUAGAAUUAGUGCGUAAAGGAUAUGCAGUUGAGCUUCCUGAAGAUGUGGAAGAUGGAACUGUCCCAGAUAUGUUGAAGGACAUGGCCACGGAAACAGAUGCUUCUCUUGCCAGCAUACUCAAUGAGACCAAAAAGAGCCCUGAAGAGUUACCACAUACCCUGUCCUGCCUCAGCUUAUCAGAAGCUGCCUCCGUGUCUGGUGAUGAUAACCUUGAAGAUGACUUAUUCUGA